AUGGAAUCACGCUUAGGAUUGGCUUUCAAAAAAUGUUAUUUCUGUGGGAAAAAUUUCAACAAGCUACAACUUCUUGAAAUCAAUGGAAAUAUUGUAUCUGUCAAUGAUGAAGACAUUGUAUUUGAGGAUUUAAUUUUUGACACUUGUUUCAUAAAGAUUGAUUCUUCAGUAGUAAACUAUAUCUGCAAUGAAUGCAAUUCAAAUUUGCUAUCAUUUCAUUUCUUCAAGAGAGAAGCAAAGAAAUAUUCCAACUUUCGAGAACAUAUCGCGAAACUUGAAAUCUUGUCAAAAGCUGAAAGUUUCUUAAAUGAAAUUGAAAAUUUAGAUGAAGUGCAUACUAUUCAAGAUGAGAUGAAAUUCAGCAUUUCAUUGGGAAGUGAAGUCGAUAAAUCAGAAGGCAAUUUGAAGGAGCAUGAAGAUGACGUUGUUGAGUUCAUUGAGUAUUGUGUUGAAGCAAUUUCUGAUGAAUCAAAUGCUUCACAUUAUCAAACAAAUCACAAUAUUUCUAAUGAAACGUUGUCGACUGACAUGAAUGACUUACAAGCGUUUAAUGAUGAAGAUUCAACUGUUGCAACUGAAAUCACUAACGAGAUUGGUGAGAACUUCACAGAUUCAACACUUAUGAGUUUGUCUGAUUCGUCCAAUGUCAGAAAACGUAAACUCAACACUUUUGAUGAUCUCUCGGAAGAACAAAUUUCUUGGGUACGAAAACAAGCUCAACAAAGUGAAAUUAAACAUGGAAGCAAAAGAAUUUACAAAUGUGCGUUAUGUAACGUUGUCUUGUCAACUCAUUCCAGUCUUACGCGACAUAUUCGUGAUGUUCAUGUUCUUAAAGGUAAGAACAAUGAGAAGGAAAUUGUCAAAGAAGAAGCGAAUAAUAGCAAAAUUGAAAUCGAAACUUCAACUGGAAAUGAAUUCGUUUGGAAAUGUCAACGAUGUGCAAGCGACCGAAUUUAUCGAUCUCUGCAAGCUUUCAAACUUCACUUAAGGAUGACGCAUCUCCGAGCAACUAAGUUAGACACAGCUUUCAUUGCAUCAUGUAAAGUGUCAAUUGAAGAGAAUGGAAUGAAGAAAAAUGCUUGGAAAUGUCCGGAAUGUCAGAGAAUAUUUAAACAUCGCGACACUUUACGACAUCACAUUAAAAUUGAACAUCCAAACAUGGAUGAAAUUGAAGCCAUCAGACAAAAUGAUGAGCAAAAGAAAGUUUCAUCGUCAACCCAUUCAACAAUUCAAUUUGCUGAAAGUUUCAAAGAAAAUCAAACAAAAUUGUCAAAUAAUUGUGAUGAAUGUGGAUUGAAGUUUGCUCCAUCAAAGCAACAAAUGAAGCCAAAACUUCACAAUGAAUGUCAUGAAAUGUUCAAGAUUUUAUCACCAAAUCUUCCACGAAGUAAAUGUGAAUCUUGCUUAAUGAUAUUUAAUUCCGGAGAGACUUUGUAUGAGCACUUUCAAAUUCAUGACAAUCUUGAUGACAUUCAACCAAUUCGUGGCGAAAAUUGCUUAGUUCAAUAUGGUGCAACUUUCUAUAAAGAUCCGAGUGGAGAUGCUGAUGACAGUGUCGAUGAAUUAUCAUGGAAAUGUGGACAUUGCAAUGUCAGAUAUUUCAAUGAAAAUGAUUGCGUUUCACAUGUUAUGCUUUUACAUACGCCAUCGAUUCAUUGUUUCAUUGAUAAUCGUGAAUUUAAAGGAGCAACCGGUCUAAGCAAAUUCAUGCAACAUAUGAAAAACAAACAUUUUGAACUCUUUCCAGAUCUCACAUAUCCAUGUGGAAAUUGUCAUGAAGAAUUUUCAUCGAUUUAUGAGAAACUCGCUCAUCAGAAGAUUUGUCCAAGUAAGAAAUUUCAAUGCGAUAAUUGUGGCAAACGAUUUCUAGUGAAACAUCAACUGCAAGCUCAUAUCCUAUAUGAACAAGGACUGACAGGCUUCAGUUGUGAGAUUUGUGGCAAGCGAUGCAUAUCGUUGAGUGAUUUGAAAAUCCAUCAGAAUGUUCACUCAUCAGCGAGACCUUACGAAUGCUCAAUUUGCCCGAAAACUUUUAAAACGCCAGCUGCUCGUAGCACUCACAUGGAAGGUCACACACUUGAAGGAGUUACUUGUGAAGUUUGCGGACAAAAACUCGCCAACAGAACUCUUUAUCAACGUCACAAAAAAUUUCAACACGACAAAGAUUUUCGUGACACUCAAAUGGAGAAGAACAAAUGUGAUGUGUGUGGGAAAUCAUUUAUAAGGCUAGGGCAUUUAAGACAACACAUGAAACACAAUCAUGGAAUGUAA